AUGUUCAAAAGGAAGCCAAGGGUGCCGUUUGAUUCGUUCACCCCACUUGUGAAAUUGCCAAAAGUAUCCGAUUAUUGGGUUUAUGUAAAUCAGUUGAAAAGGCAAAUGCACAAAGCAGUACAAGAUAAAAUUCAUCAGGAACAACAAAAGAUGAAAAUACGUUAUGAUAACAGUCGACCCAAUAUUCAUUUUCAUCCAGGUGAUUUGGUUUGGUUACACCGCGAAGGGCUAAAUCAAAAUGAGAUUCAAAUUAUUGGACCAUAUAUCAUCAGCAAACAACUCGGUCCACAAACCUUCGAACUGGAAGAUUCACAAGGACAACACCUUAGACUGGCUCAUUCUAAUCAGCUGAAAUUAUUUUACUCAGAUGAAUUUGAUUAG